AUAAAGAGUUAAUUGAACGAGCUGCAGAAAUGGGUUGGAAAGUUAGAAAAAGCAAAAUGUAUUGUCCGGUGGCUAAAAUUGUUAAGUAUAUAGAGAAUUAUUGGAAUAAUAUGAAUUGGGAUGAUCUUUCUUUAGAAGAUGAUAAGAGUCGCGCGAGUUCUGAAAGCUCCUGA